CGGCGCUGGGCGGGGCCGGGCUCCGGAGCUGUCGCCGGAGCUGCGGAGGGGCCUGCGAGCCGCGGCGGAGCGGCGGAGCUCCUGGCUCGGCAGGGUCGGCUGACCGAGUCCGCGCGCGCGCGCUUGCGCUUGGAGCGGCUCCCUCCGGAGGUGGCCACCGCGCUGCUCACCGGGGGCGACAUCGCGCCGGAGUCUCCAGCAUGACGGAGCUGAGGCAGAGGGUGGCCCGCGAGCCGGACGCGGCGCCCGAGGACAAGGAGUCGGAGUCUGAAGCGAAGAUCGAUGGAGAGACCGCGUCAGACAGUGAGAGUCGAGCGGAGCUGGCUCCCCCACCAGCGCCGGCAGACGACACUCCGGAGGUCCUCAACAGGGCCCUUUCCAACCUGUCCUCCAGAUGGAAGAACUGGUGGGUGAGAGGCAUCCUGACUCUGGCCAUGAUUGCGUUCUUCUUCAUCAUCAUCUACCUGGGACCAAUGGUUUUAAUGAUGAUUGUCAUGUGUGUUCAGAUUAAGUGUUUCCAUGAGAUAAUCACUAUUGGCUACAACGUCUACCACUCCUAUGACCUGCCCUGGUUCAGAACCCUCAGCUGGUACUUCCUGCUGUGUGUCAACUACUUCUUCUACGGCGAGACUGUCACAGAUUACUUCUUCACGCUGGUCCAGAGAGAGGAGCCUUUGCGGAUCCUCAGCAAAUACCAUCGCUUCAUCUCCUUCACUCUCUACCUGACAGGUUUCUGCAUGUUCGUGCUGAGCCUGGUCAAGAAGCAUUACCGGCUGCAGUUCUACAUGUUCGGCUGGACGCAUGUGACGUUGCUGAUUGUUGUAACCCAGUCACAUCUCGUUAUCCACAACCUGUUUGAGGGAAUGAUCUGGUUCAUUGUCCCCAUUUCUUGUGUGAUCUGUAAUGACAUCAUGGCCUACAUGUUCGGCUUUUUCUUCGGCCGGACACCCCUCAUCAAGCUGUCCCCAAAGAAGACGUGGGAAGGCUUCAUCGGGGGCUUCUUCGCUACUGUGGUAUUUGGCCUUCUGCUCUCCUACAUCAUGUCCGGGUACCGGUGCUUCGUCUGCCCUGUGGAGUACAACAACGACACCAACAGCUUCACGGUGGACUGUGAACCCUCAGACCUGUUUCGGCUGCAGGAGUACAACAUUCCUGGGGUGGUCCAGUCUGUCAUUGGCUGGAAAACUGUCCGGAUGUACCCCUUCCAGAUCCACAGCAUCGCCCUGUCCACCUUCGCCUCGCUCAUUGGCCCCUUUGGAGGCUUCUUUGCAAGUGGAUUCAAGCGGGCCUUCAAGAUCAAGGACUUUGCCAAUACCAUUCCAGGCCAUGGAGGCAUCAUGGAUCGCUUUGACUGCCAGUAUCUGAUGGCCACCUUUGUCAACGUGUACAUUGCCAGCUUCAUCAGGGGCCCUAACCCCAGCAAACUGAUCCAGCAGUUCCUGACCUUGCGGCCGGAUCAACAACUCCACAUCUUCAACACACUGAAGUCCCACCUGACUGACAAGGGGCUUCUGACAGCUGCCAUGGAGGACAAGUAGGGGCCGCCUUGGCGGGGCGCAGGAGCCGGACUGAGCAAGGGGCAGGGCUCCAGGGCAAGGCCAGCUGGUGGGACUUAAGCACUGACAAGGCUUCAGUUCACUGUCUUCUGUCUCUCUCUUCCCCCUGUAGGGUGUUUUUUAUUUUUAAUUUGUGAGUUUAAGAAUCUGUAUAUACAGUCUGUCUGGAUUUGGGUUGUAAGCUGGGAAGAAGUCACAGGAGGAAAACCAUUUGGAUUUAAAACAAAAAAAGAAAAGCACCAACCAGGUACUCACCACCCAGGAAGACAGUGCUGCGUGGCUCAGGGUGUUUGCUUGUGGUCCUCUCAACGGAGCUGUCUCCAGGCUGAGGCAGUCUGGGCGUCAGUCCAUGUCCUGCAGCUCAGCGUGCUCGUCGUGAUGUCUCUGUGGUCCCUGAGCCUCCCUGGCAGUCCCCGGAGCAAGUCCCUGGGCCCUGGGAACAAGGGGAAGGUGGCCUGCCACGGCCGGCGGGCCAGAGGCCUGCUCGUCAGACAAACCUUCUGUCCACCCUGACACGUGCAGGGUCAAAGUCAGCCCGGCUUUAUGUGUAAAUAACAUGUUCACCUUCAUCACAGAUGAAAAGGAGGUUUCAGUUUUUACUGUUUUCAGAAAGCACGAGAAAUUAUUUAUAGUUGUCUGGAGCAAGUCCACACUAUAGUAGUUCAAGUGCGUGCAGUAGAACAUGCUAUCCUGAGCCCCCUCCCUUGUGGCUGGGGCCAGGGGGCUCCUGUAGGGUGGCCUGGCUCACUGUCUAGUCCUGGUUGGCGCUGUUCACGUAGUCCUGUAGACUUGCUGCUGCUGAAUCCCUUCCGGGGCUUUGUGUGGGGCAGGGGAUGGCAGCCCGCUGUCCGUGUGCCCUCUGCCAGGACAUGCUCACAGCUGCUGUGUUGUGUGUGGGUGGGCUUCUCCGAGCCGGAGUGUGUGUGUGUGUGUGUGUGUGUGUGUGUGUGUGUGUC